AUGUCAGUGUUGAGUCUUGUGCCAGAAGAAAAACGUAGGGAUACAAGAAACUCUUUAGAGAGCGUAUAUAGCAGCAACUCACGUCUCAACUUGCUGAACAAACGCAAACGUUUGAAUCCAAUACUGGACAUGUCGAGCCAAUCCAUCAACAAGGGCGACAGAUACGUCACACAACGAGUGUUGUCUGCGAAGACUCAUAGAGUUAAACAACUGCAAAAUCAGUUGGCAGAUGCACAUUAUCACUUGCAGGAGCUGAGUAAUGAAAAUAGAAUACUGCGUGCUCUACAAAAGAAACAAGAGAUAGCUUUACAAAGAUACGAGAAUUCCAACGCAGAACUACCCCAGGUGUUAAAUUCCCAUAAUGAAGAAAUGAGAAUUCAGCAGAGCAAGUAUAAGCAGCUGAAGCAGCAGUACAAAGAAGUGUCGAUGAAGUUGAAAGAGAAAGACUUACAGUAUCAACAGCUAAAAGACGAACACCAGCAUUUAUUAGAUCUGAGCAAGGAUAAGAAUCUCCUCGAACGUGAGAAACUGCAAGCACAAAUAACAGAACUGACAGCAAGAGUCCAGCAACAGAACGAAACUAUAAACAUGUUACAGAGAAGAAUAGCGCUAGAAGCUAAGAACUUUAAACACCAGUUGCAAGCAGAAAUAAACAAACACAAAGACACAAGACAUGAUUUGGACCUAGCUAUUAGCAAUGCUGAUAAAUUGUCUACCAUUAUAGAGAUGAAAGAAAAAAUGCUCAGUACCGCAGCAAGUAGAGGCGGUAAAUCACCAACAAAAUCAGCUUCCAUUAUGAACAUUGCAAGACCUAUCAGCAAGAAUGGCAAGGAUGCCAUGAAGGGAAACGAUGAAAGAAGCGAAAAAACUAAUAUAAUACAAAUGGAUCAAAAUAUUCUCGCGAAAUUAUGUGAAAAUUCACGUAACAUAAGUAGCUCUUUGUCUCACGAUGAAGACACUAGCUCUUCAACCGAACCACGCUCCAGAUACAUAUCUAGUAGAAAUUCAACAAGCUCUCGCAAUACACCGAAUCUAAUGAGAAAACAUUCUAAGAAUUCUGACGAGAUUAUAGAACUGGCGAAAACAGUCCAGGACGGUAUGGCCGAUUUGACGAUUAUGGAUGACGACUUAAAAAAUACAACACCAGACGAAAUGAAAAAGAAAAUGGAAGCGAUGAAAGAAGAUCUUAUGAAAAAAAUUAAAAAUAAUGAAGAACCUCGCUCUAGGAAAACUAGUGCUUUAAGAAGAAUGUCGACAGAAGAGUCAAUUGAAGAACAAAUUAUUGAGGAAGUUGUAAUAGAAAGACCGAAAUCUAGAGGACGAGUUGGUUCAACAGUAUCCUUUUAUGAUAAUUCUAAUUCAGACACUGGGAAUAAUUACACAAGUGACGAAGCUGAUAAAGUUAAAUUUAAACGUGAGUUAAGUGCUAAGGAAAAGAAAGUUCCAGUGAAGAAUAUCGAUAAAUAUUGCAAAGAUAUCAUACAAGAUAUAGAAAAGACUAGCAAAGUUAUCGAUGUCCAUAUGAAACAGUUUAGUCAGGCCAAAUUCACAGGCGAUAAAUUAGUCGAGCAGUUGCAAGCUGUUGACAAAUUGAACGAAUUUGUAAAUGGUAGCGGCGAUAUACCGACAGAGGCUUUGACUGAAUUGAACAAUAAUUUUAAUAUGUUAACGGAACAAGUUUUCAAUGAAAACGAACCGGUUAGAAAACGACCUAGCAGAAAGAAUUCUCGUAUUGAAUCGAAAACGAAUUUACUCGGUGACUCAAAUAUGAGCAAUCAGGAUUUACUAGACGAUCUUCUUGGAAAGAAAUGA